UAUCCCACCCCGGUCGUAGGCGAAAAUGGCUGAUCCGGCCGCCCAGUCCCCGUUUAUUUCUUCUUCGGCCGGAGGCGGCUCCUCCGAGGCGGGAGGACGAGACCUGAAGGGGGCAGGUUCCCCCCAAUCUUGCGCUGAUUCCUUUGUUACUUCCUCUCAGCCUGUCUCUCUCUUUUCGACCUCACAAGCUGGAGCCUCUGGAGUUUAUUUAACGCAUUCCGGGAAUCAGAGGGAACCCAACAGCAAAUCAUCUCUCCCCAAAGACCAACAACAGGAAGGACCAAAACAAGGACGCGUCCAAGGGACCAAGGAAGGUUCAAGGAUAGAGACCAUUUCGGUGGCAUCUCCUCGCCAAAUGGAAUUGCCCUUUUCGGCGGGAUCUAAAAUUCAUAGCCGCGGUCCCGUCACGGAAGCGACUUCUCCGCGGGAGAGUGAAUUCAUAGGAGCCGGGCCCCUGGAUGGUAAGACUGAUCAGAAUGGAUGCCGGCCCGAAGAAGAACGAGCGUCAAAAGGAGAUGCUACGUUUGCACUGUUGGCUAGCUCGGAAGACGGACGCGGGAAGGUUCCUUCUGAGAUUCUCAGCUCACAUUCCACCGCGUCUCCCGGGGACACCGCUGAGCCGCCCGCGGAAAAAGAUUCCCCCGAAUCUCCCUUUGAAGUCAUUGCUGACAAGCUGGAAUUUGAUAAGGAGUUUAAAGAGGUCGUGACCAGCAGCUCCAAGGACAUCGGGAGCAACUGGGUGAUACACAGCGAAAGGGAGCAGUUGACCGAUAUUCCAGAAGACAGCAUUUGCGAGUUCCAGGCAAAACCCCGUAGUAGUGGGCGGCUUCCCUCAGGACCGGGGCUCUCCCGCCAGUCUUCAGGCACAACGGCGGCUCUGGAGGAAGUCUCCAAAUGCGUCCGCGAUCUACACAGUUUCACCAAUGAGCUGCUUAACUGGGACCUGAUUCCCAAGGAUCUGGAAGACAAGGCGGAUGACUUUAUCAACACGGGCUUUAAGGCCUCACCCGGCAAAAUCGGCGGUGGCGUUCCAGAACCCGUGGUGAAGCCUAGCGAUACAGAAACCGGCAAGGCUCCCGCGCCUCACCAGCCUGUGACAAUCAGCCUCCACCCAAAAGGCAAGCCGUCUCCAAAAGUAGACAAGGAUCAAGCCGCUGUGGUUGGCCAAGCCGUCACUGUGGUGAAAAGUGCUCCUCCGGAAGCCGUCCAGAUGACAACCGAGCUCUCUUGGCCCAAUCUAUGCCUGCCUGAAACCACUGAUGCAGAUAGCUCUGGAGAAUCUGAUGACACGGUCAUCGAAGAUGUCCCCGCUGACCUGACAUCCCCGAAUAAGGCGGUGGCUGAGAAUUGCCAGGGCUUCUCCAAACUCAUCGGCUCCUCUGAGGCAGAAAUCGAAUAUAUAGAUGAGGAGGAGGCAUCUGAUGAGCUUCAGGAAGACCAAAUGGUUUCCCAGUCCUUGGAAAGCCGUUGGCGAUUCACGGAUGAGUUCAAAGUAAUCCCAGCUACAGAGAGACUGUCUCCUGCAUUUCAGUCUUCCAGAGAACCUGAUCUGAGCCCACCUUCUAAAGCCAAGCAGGCAUUUGACGCUGGAGAACUGGAGGUGCCGAGGAAGACGCCCAAGGCCGAAGACCCCUCGCGAAAGAUUACUUUGGACAGCGUCAAAGAGGUGGUGUGCCCGGAUGGUCUGGGCAGUGAAAGUUUUAUGGACUUCAUGAAGGAGUGCUUAAAAUCCAAGGGGGCUGAAUCUCCGGAAGACCCAGUGGAGAUGUUCUCGGAGGCGGAGCUGAAGGCCGCUCGCUCCCAAGGGGCAUGGCCCUACUUUCAGCAGCCGCCCCAAGGGAAGCAGGAUUUCGAACACGAGCACAUCACCAUCACAGCCCUCAAAGAGGUGGGGAGGAAAGCUGAGAGACCCACACUCUUCUCUCCCCCCAGAGGGAGGCACUUUGGACAGUACUGUGAGUUCCCGCCCGACGCGCUAGCCUCUGCUCCAAAGUCAGCCUUGGAGAAGAGACCUCUCUGCCUUGAGCAGGCCGUCGAUGUGAUGCUGGUUCCCGCCAGCGUCAGUCUUGGGAAAACUUCUCACCCGCUUCCUCCCGAGCCGCCGUCUGUGCUACAUGCCCUUACAAAAUUACUGGCUCAAUUCUCAGUGCGAGACCUGGUUUUCUGGAGGGAUGUGAAGAAGUCCGGGGCCGUGUUCAGCACCACCCUGAUCCUGCUCCUCUCCCUGGCCGCCUUUAGCGUCAUCAGCGUCGUCUCGUACCUCAUCCUGGCCCUGCUGUCUGUCACCAUCUGCUUCCGGGUCUACAAGUCCGUCAUCCAAGCUGUGCAGAAAUCCGAAGAAGGCCAUCCCUUCAAAGCCUACUUAAACAUGGACGUCAACCUCUCCUCCGAGACCUUCCAUAACUACGUCAGCUCUGCCCUGGUCCACGUCAACCACAUCCUGAAAGCCAUCCUACGCCUCUUCCUGGUGGAAGAUUUGGUCGAUUCACUGAAGCUCGCGGUCGUCAUGUGGCUGAUGACGUACGUCGGGGCCAUUUUUAAUGGGAUCACCCUCCUCAUCCUAGGGGAAUUGCUGGUUUUCAGCAUGCCGGUCGUUUAUGAGAAAUAUAAGACUCAGAUUGACCAUUAUGUCGGGAUCGUGCGGGAUCAAGUCAAAUCUGCAGCUACAAAGAUCCAAGCAAAGCUUCCCGGCACCGUGAAGAAAAAGCCCGAAUAACCUCCACCAGGCAUCACGAAGACCCAGCCAUUAACAAAACGAAAAACACCCCCCACCCCCAAACAAAGGAAAACACUCCCUCUCUGUGUCAUGGCUAUAAUCACUGUUACUCGUUACCUUAUGAAGGAACUUGCCACCAAGUCAGCUUGAUGUCUGCGUCCCAAGCUUACUGAUUGUGUUUUAUUAUUAUUAUUAUUAUUAUUAUAUUGUUAUUAUUAUUAUCCUCAUCCUCACCCUUUCCCCUCCCCACCCCCCCAAAAAAGCCGAAACACUGAGCUCUCCGUAUGCACUGGAAUAUAAUCAUGGUUAUCGGGUAGUUUUAAAAAACUUGAGAAUUAAAAGGGUUUGAGAAGAGCCCCUUACGAGUGGGGAGUGGGGGGGAAUCCUUGGAGCGAAAACACUCCACCACCCACCCUGCCUCAGUUUCACCCCAAGAGGCGAGGAACCCCUUCGGAUGAAAAGAUCUCCAACAAACCUAGGUAUCCCCCCCCCCCGCCCCUUUGCUGCCCUCCUUCCCUAAUAAAAUGUGGGGUUUCCGAAUUCUGGGUGGGUGGGGGAAUCUGCUGCAGCUUCCUUAUCUCUCUCUCUCCUCCCCCCCCCCACCAGGGAUGAGAUGCUCCUAAUUUAGGAAGCUCUGGACAGCCUUUAUCUCCCCCCCCCCCUUCUCUUCUCCCUGGAAAUAAAAAUAUUCUGCUCCCUCUCCUUUCUCGUAGUGAUGGCAAACCUUUUCGACACUAAAUGCCCCAAACGGGGGUGCAUGUGUGCACCAGAGGGCCAGAACCCCAGAGACCAGCUGACUGGUGCAUCCCUCCUCCGCCCGAAUUCUGUAUUUUAAUUCUUUUGCUGUGUGAUUCCCGAACUGAAGAAAAGAAGUCUGCAACUGCUGUAACAAAUGGCUGUCCUUAAAAAAAGAAAAUAAUCCUACCCUCCUCCCUUCUCCUUCCCCCUUUCUCAUCCCAAAAGAUGGCAAGGGAUCCAUCCUUCUGAGCCCUUCCCUCGUUUUCUCCCCCUCCCUCUCCCCUAUUCUUGCUUCGGAAAGGAGUGGGAAUUCAGGGUUAGGAAAGAGAGAAGAGCAGAGCUGGGGGAGAGAGCCAAGAGGCUAGUCCUCGUGGAGGUGCGGCCUUUUGGGAGCGGAGGGAGGAGCAAAAGUUUUAUUCCCAGGGAGGAUUUCUAAUGGCUGUUUUCCCUUCCUUGCGAGGGCUUGAAGUGGGAGAAAUAAAGAGGCUGCCUCUCUCUAUUUAGGCUGAGCAAUUGAGGAGGGGGUGUGUGAUUGUUAUUUGGGGGGGGGUGUUAGGAGGACCCCAGAAUAGGAAACUUGAAUAGGAAAGAUUGCAUUUUCCCCACGCCACCCAAUUUCUUCCCCUUCCCACAGCCCCCCAACACCCUUUGCAAACUGCUCCUGUUUAAAAUUGAGGAGGGGGGGGCACAGGCUCAGGGAAGGGAGACCCUCAAGCACAUCAGCCCCAAAUCUUGGCUGGGGGGGGGGGGGAGCAUCCCACCUGCCACUGCAGGGCAGCUGUGCCAUCAUUUUUCCACAAAGGAUAAAAGCCCCACAAGGUUAGAAGGCCAGGUUGGUAAUUUUUUUUUGGGGGGGGGGCACUCAGGUGCUAAGGAACCCCCCCCUCUUUAAAAGAGCUGCAUGCAUUUCCCAAGGAGACUCUCCUAAGCCUCUGGCUUCUCCCCCCCCUCUUCAAAUCCCUCCUUUCCCUCCCCCUGCCUUUCAACCCCAAAUACCCUUUUAAAAGCCCUUUUCUGCACCAGAUGCUUCCAACAUCUGUUCUGUCGCUGCUGUGUUUUGCCUACUAUGAAUUGACUCCUUUUGCGACCCCCACCCCACCCCCCAGGCAGACUUUUAUUCUUUUUUUUUACAAAAAAAAUUGUACGUAGAUGGCAAAAAAAACAAGAAUUACCCACAAUGCCCUUCGCAUCCGAUGUGCUUUAUAGGAGGGUGGAAAACACGGGUGCCUGGGGGGGGGGCUUGAGACUUAACAGUGGGCAGAAGGUGGCGGGGGGAGAGAGGGUCUUGACUGUCCUUUGAUGUGGUGUUGAAUAAAGGAGCACUUGGUGAUCUCGAA